AGCGGAGCUGCUCGCGGGCAGCAACCAGAGGGAUGGUCUCGCGCUCGGCUGCGGGCGGCAUUGGGUCAUGUUGUCCGGCCGGCGGGAGACCUGUCCGCGUGUCACGUUCAGCGGGGCGGGAACUGAGGCGGCCCCGCCUCGAGGACCCGAGGAGGCGUGUCCUCACAAACUGGGAUUGACCAAUCACCUUCGACUUCUCCUCUACGUCCUGAUUCCUGCUGUGAGUCUGCUGCUGCUGAGCCUACUGCUCACAGGUAUUUUUGGCAGCAGCCUCCUGAACUCCGCCCCCCCCCUCCCCUCCCCCGAGCCCAUCGCCGACAGCGACCCUGGCUACCGUGGCAACAGCACAAACCCCUCCCCCUUCUCUGAGACAGGAAACGCCACCGAUUCGCUGCCACGAAACCACGACGACGACAUCAUCGCAACCACAGCUAUCAACAGCCUUCCUCCAGGCUCCUCCUCCUCAUCACAGGCCACGCCCACACAGCCCUUCACCAAGCCCCCUGAUUGGCUGACCUCGGUGACCUCGCUGAGCAGCGCCUGGCCGAUCGUCAGCACCUCAGCACCGGAAUCAGGUACUUGUCAGCUGAUCGUGGAGCCUCAGUGUCACAUGUUGCCGUACAACCAAACAUGGCUGUCAUCCUCCGUUGCCGUGGUGAAGAGCUCUGAGGUGGACAUGUUGCUAAGGUUCUUCAGCUACCUCAGCAGACUGUCCUGCUACAGACACAUCAUGCUCUUCGGCUGCUCGCUGGCGCUCCCAGAAUGCAUCGCGGCCGAUGGCUCGCACAGCAGGCGGGUUGUGCUGCCCUGCGCGUCGUUCUGUGAGGCAGCGAGAGAAGGCUGUGAGCCCGUCCUCCAGAUGUUCAACGCCUCCUGGCCCGACUUCCUGCGCUGCUCGCAGUUCAGGAACGUCACCUUUGCUUCAUCAUCAUCGCCACCACCACCAUCAUCAUCAUCAUCCUUGUCAUCAUCGCCACCGCCGCCAUCAUCGGCGCCGACAGCAGUCCCCGCCCCUUACGCCUGUUACACACCGAGACAGAUCAAAGGGAAACCCUCUGUGUGCGGCGGGAAGCAUCACUUCCUGUGUGCGACGGGGAUCUGUGUGCCUGAGAAGCUGGUGUGUAACGGAUACAACGACUGUGACGACUGGAGCGACGAAACACACUGUGUGUGUACAGAUGGAGAGUUCCAGUGCAGCACCGGUCGGUGUCUCUCACCCGCUGUGGUGUGCGACGGUUACGACGAUUGUGGAGACCUGAGCGACGAACUCAGCUGUGUGUGUGAUAUGGCCCGUGAACAUCGCUGUGGUGACGGUCGCUGCGUGUCCAGAGAGUGGCUGUGUGACGGAGACCACGACUGUCUCGACAAGAGCGACGAGCUCAACUGCUCCUGUAAGAGUCAGGGUCUGUUGGAGUGUAGGAACGGUCAGUGUGUUCCGUCUGCGUUUCGCUGUGACGGAGAAGACGACUGUAAAGACGGCAGCGACGAGGAGUACUGCAGCCGAGAGCAGACUCAGGGUGUGUGUGCUCCCGGUCAGCCCAGCUGCAUCUCCACUUCCUGUCCGUCGGUGUGUGCAGGGGGCGGAGCCUGUGACCCCCGAACCAACAACAACAACUGCACGCACUGUGAGCCCAUCAGCCUGGAGCUGUGCAUGAACCUUCCCUACAACCUGACCAGCUACCCCAACUACCUGGGCCACCUGUCCCAGAGAGAGAGCUCUGUGUCCUGGGAGUCCUCUCUGUUCCCGGCGCUGGUCCAGACCGGCUGCUACCAGUACCUCAUGUUCUACGCCUGCACGCUGCUGGUCCCCAAGUGUGAUCCGGUCAGCCUGCAGAAGGUCCCGCCCUGCAGGUCGUUGUGUCGUAAUGCGAAGGAGAAGUGUGAGUCGGUACUCGGCAUUGUGGGAUUGCAGUGGCCUGAGGACUCAGACUGUAGUCAGUUUCCAGUGGAGGGAGGAAACACCACAUGUCUGCUGCCGGAGGACGGAGUCGACGAGUGCUCCCCCAGCCAUUUCAAGUGUCGGUCGGGUCGCUGCGUCCUAGCAACCAAACGCUGUGACGGACACCUGGACUGUGACGACCACAGCGACGAGGACAACUGUGGCUGUUCUGAGCGCGCUCUGUGGGAGUGUCCCGGCAGUAAAGUUUGUAUCAAAGCCAGUAUGAUCUGUGAUGGCUUCCCAGACUGCCCUCUGCUGGUGGACGAGAGCAACUGCUCGGUGUGCAGAGAUAACGAGCUCUCCUGUAACAACCAUCAGUGCGUCCAUCGGACUCUUUGGUGUGACGGAAAGAAACACUGUUCAGACAGCUCUGAUGAGUGGAACUGUGUGUCUCUGUCCGAUCGAUCGGGUUCUGUACUGACGGUGUUCAGGACGGCAGCAGAGUAUCAGGUCUGUGCAGAUGAGUGGAACCACAAGCUCAGUGAGCUGACCUGCAACCAGCUGGGACUAGGAGUUCCCUCCUCUGUUUCCAUGGUACCCGACCCCCCCGGUGUCCCGGGCCGUCGCCGUUGGCUACAUGUUCACCCCGAGUGGAACCUGAGGAACGGAUCUGCUCUUCAGGCCCGACUCGAGAAGAGAAGUCAUGCGUGUCAUUCCAGGAGGAGAGUCUCACUGCUGUGCACCAGAGAAGCGUGCGGUCUGCGUCCGUCGUUGGGUGUCUUCCCCCACAGGAGGAAGAGGAUUCUGGGAGGGCGUGUCUCCCGGAGGGGGGCGUGGCCUUGGCAGUGCUCACUGCAGAGCGGACAGAGCGGUCACGUCUGUGGGUGUGUCCUCAUCGACCGGCGGUGGGCUCUGACCGUCGCCCACUGCUUUGAGGGGAGGGAGACCCCCGACCUCUGGAAGGUGGUUCUGGGUCUCAACAACCUGGACCACCCAGGAGUCCACAGUCAGAGCCGCGGGGUGCGUUCCAUUAUCGUGCACCCGCGGUACAACCGGGCGGUGGUGGACUACGACAUCAGUGUGGUGCAGCUGGACUCUGAGGUCGAGGAGACGCCGUUUGUCAGGCCGGUGUGUCUCCCUGAACCCGACCAGCUUCCUGCUCCUGACUCCUACUGUUACAUCACAGGCUGGGGUCACAUGGGCAACAGGAUGCCCUUCAAGCUGCAGGAAGGGGAGGUUCGGAUCAUCUCGCUGUCUCAGUGUCAGUCUUACUUCGACAUGAAGACCAUCACUCCCAGGAUGCUUUGUGCCGGUUACGACGCUGGAACCGUCGACUCCUGCAUGGGCGACAGCGGCGGCCCGUUGGUGUGCGAGGAGGUGAGCGGUCGGUGGACGUUGUUCGGCCUGACGUCGUGGGGCAGCGUGUGCUUCAGUAAAGUGCUCGGACCCGGCGUCUACAGCAACGUGACGCACUUCACCUCCUGGAUCCAACAACAGAUCUACAUCCACACGUACCUGACCGACUGACACACACACACACACACACACACACCUUGUGUUCCUCUACCUGUGCCUCUAUCUAUGCUGAUAGCAUUCAGAUGCCAGCUGCUGUAUGAGCAGUCGUAUAAACUCAUAUUACAGAUGCUAACUAGUUAGCUCAUAGAGCUGCAAUUAGACUUCACGUUCACACGAUUGAGCGUUCACUAGAUAACGGUCGUUCUGUCGUGUGUGGAAGAUUUUAAAUCUAAUCUAACUACACAUCUAUUGACGUUCAACCGCUGCUGGAUACCUGAUUAUGGAAUUUAAAUAUCAAUGUAUUUGAAACAGUGAAAUAUUUCUCUCUGGUUUGAAUCCACUCUGUCAAAAAAGUCAAAAAAAAAUGUUGCUCAAAUUGAAUUCCCACAAACUUCUGUACGAACUUCUGUACGAAAAACAAAAAACAGGAAAAGAGACCGAAUGGAUCCGGUCAGUGAAGUAAAAUGUGUCGACGCCAUGACCUCAGUGGUCUUUAAUCUGCAUCACAAAGGGCCCUUUCACACCUCGUCUGCUACAACGUUUUGGAUUUUUCAGUUUGAUCCGAACCAAAAUUCUAAGUAUGAAAUCUCAGAACUAGUCUGGAGAAUCUUUUUCGUGGACGGCGUGACGCGGUUGAGCUUUGUGACGGAUGUAAAGCAGUUCUUUGGGGCUCUGACAUCAUGCGAUGUGAAACACAAACUAAGCGGAUUAAAUCUGAACAACGUAACUUGAACACAAAGCUCGGUUGGUCCGAGCUGUGAAGAGGCCCCGAGUGUUCAGCAGUUGUGUUUGGAUGUUAGUGGUUUAUGAAGCUUUAAUGAUUGUCGACUUUGCUCCAUAAACACGUUGCCUGUUCUGGUUCUUGCUCUACUCGUAGCGUCGUGACGGCACUCACUCAGAGGAAAUAAACUCCCUGAUGCUCUUCACCCUGACGGGAGGAUGUCAUUGUUAGAUUAUUAGACUAUUGUUGCAUUGAUACAGACUUUAAGUGAACUCAUUGUCGUGCGUUGGAUGUAAACACACUUUAUAUACACGACGUCGUCCGAUCUUCUGCUUCGAGUGUUGAAACUUUUGAUAAUCAUAAAAAAAUCACAACAUUCAGACGUUCUGAAUUUCUAAAAGCUGCUAUCGUAACCAGACCAGUUGAGCACUCAACGUCCCACAAUGCUUCACUCUGUAGUGCCUGUACUUAAACUUAGCAGCAAGAAAACAGCCGUGUUACCUGUACAACAUCGUGCUGUACGUGUGUGUGUGUGUGAGACGGAGAGAGAGGAUCGCUUUGCUUCUAAAAACACACCGGCAACUUAUUCGGGCAACUUUGAUGGACGACAUUUAACUUUAUUCAUUUUAACACAAAAGGCAGAAAUCAGUCCUACAUGACUUGUUUUGUGCUGUUACGUCUCAUGUUACGAGAUAUUAUAAAGAUAAUAUCCUCAGAGGCUCCGUACAGUCCAGACGUACGGUCCAGACUUAGUCCGGACUUACGGUCCAGACGUACGGUCCAGACGUACGGUCCAGACGUACGGUCCAGACUUACGGUCCAGACGUACGGUCCAGACUUACGGUCCAGACGUACGGUCCAGACGUACGGUCCAGACUUACGGUCCAGACGUACGGUCCAGACUUACGGUCCAGACGUACGGUCCAGACGUACGGUCCAGAAUCAUUUUUAUUUCUCCUUUUAGGCUUUUUAAUUGACAGAUUAUUUUACAUUAUUUCAACAAUGUAACUUCUUAUUCUGUGCAUCUUCUACAAAGAGGGAGCGUCAUCUAUUAACCUUUAUUAAAAACAAACGGUUUCAGAAGGAAAGAAGAUUUUAAAUUCAGAGGACACGAUGUUUAUGACCCAGUAGAGGAGUUGCCCAACAAAAUUGCCCAUUCAAUUGCCCGGUGUUGCCUCCAUGCUGACGUCUAACUGACAUCCAGAACAUUCCAAGUUGUUGUUUUUGUUGUUGUUGCUGUUUUGUGUGUUUGGUUUUUUAAGAGUAUUUUUCUACAGCUUUUUGUAUGUCAUGCUAAUUACACAGGUGUGUGUCUGUGUGUGUGUGUGUGUCUGUGUGUGUGUGUGUGUGUGUGUCAUGUGACGUACAGACUGAAUGUUUGUGCGUGAUUUGCCUUGUGAGCGUGUUUCUGAUGUCACUUCCUGAUUUAGCUGUUACGUUGUCAUAAUGAUGAUGACGAUGAUGAUGAUGAUGAUGAGGAAGAGUGUCACUGUUUAAUUAUAUGGAUUUAAAUGCUCUAUGAACCGACUGUAGCCGCUGAUGUUUUUUGUGUAACCGUGAAUAAUUGGUUUGUAUCACCUCGCAUCACAAAUAAAACUAUACACAGACUAUCA